GAGAGAGUAUCUCUAUAUCCAUGAGUAUGAGCAUUAUACAAAUGAAUUUUAGAUAAAUGCAUAAUAUUAAUCUUUAAAACAACCACAAAUGAACUGGAGAAUACAUGUAGUACUAUAAGCAAGGAAAUUUAGGCUACGAGAAUGUUUGACGGAGAAAAUAAACCCUGAAAAACCACUUGAUAAUAUGAAUAUAAAAGUGAAUUCGGGACAUAGUGCAUUAAGAAGUCAAAAGGCGUAUGUAUAGGAAAAAUUAGUAAUAAAAAUACAGUAAAAUAACACGAUUAACAACAAGGGAGACGCGUUACAUAGGAAAUACGCGGACCUUUCUGUAUGGAGUCGCAGCAACUUCUCUUUAACCUGAGCCAGAAGCCAUUCCUGUGCCUACUGCCUAGGCCUAAUCGGAAAUAGCCUUGGUGAUUGAUGGCUCAUUGACCUAAGUUCCUGUUUAGCUGUUUCUCUUAAGUGCAUAGGUCUACGUAAGUAGUUUUUUUCUGAGUCAUUCACAUUUCCGCCUCGUAUAGCAAGUAUAGGGCUACUUCUUGGAUAGACAAACUCAUCAACAGACAGACAUUAUUCAUUGUUUGAGGAGUGGGAACCCAAGUAUUCCCAUGAGAGGAGUGUAUAUUGGAGACAAAUGGUUGAAGUAUUCUUAGGGUGACUGACAACUACAGCUACCAUUUUAUCUUCGAUGAAAACUGCAGCAACCAAUAAUAAUGGAGUCUGAUGUUGAAGGACAACCUAAUGGUAAACUGAGUCUUAAUGAAAGUGUUCUCAAGGAUGACAAGGGAGUGAAAAAUGAUGUGGAUAUCAGUGUGUCUUCUAGCACUAAAGGUGACAUUGAAACAAAGUUGGGAAAUGCAGCUAAAUCAGAUGAGGUUUUUACAAGUGGGGAGACUGAAAAUUCGUUGGGAGAUUUGACUGAGAACAAUCCUGGCAGUGGAAAUAGUUUGGAGACUGUAGGAAAUUAUGCUAAAGUUGAAAAUGAAAAGAGGGUUGAUGAAAAGUUGGAAAAUCAGAACCCGGCUGAAAAAUGUAUUUCUGAUGCUGUAAAGAACACUGUGGCAGAAGAUGCAGGGAAAAUUUAUGAUAAACUAGAACCUAAUUCAGCUACUAAAUUAGUUGAUAAAAGUAGAAUAGAUCUUUUAGAUAAAGAAAAUGUAACUGAUCUUGACAAAAGCUUUGAAAUUAAUUCUGCUGUGGAUAUAGAACCGAAAUCGCCAGAAAUUGGUUUUCGAAGGAAAAGUUUGAGUCAGUUUUCACCUCUUUCAUCUCCCGUUAGAUCUCCUUCUCAAAUGUCAGAAACAUCACCUGUCAAAUCACCUGAGCUAGGUGGGAGACGGAGACUAAAAGUGCAUGUCUUUGAUAGAGAAUUAGGUGCUCCAGGUGGAGGUACAUCUAAUCAAGAACAAUCAAGUGAAAGAAAUGAGGACAAAAAAGUAAAAGAAGACAAAAUGCAUACACCAGAUUUUAUGGGUAAGGAGCAGGUGACAGAAAAUCAAGAAAGUUCACCAUCAAAAAUUGAUAAUACUGCAUCUACAUCAUCUUGUAUUGAGGAGGAAAGUUCAAAAGACUUAAAUUUGUUAGAUUCUGACAAAUGUAUUCAAGAUGUGAUGGAGGGGGAAUUUUUCAAAAAACAUACUGAAGGAAAACCAAUGCCAUGUUUUGAUAAAUUGCCUGAAAACUCAGAGCUAAGUAAGGAAGCAAGCCCUCUUAAUAAACCCUUAUUGAAGGUUGAAAGGAAAUUGUCUCUGUCUUUUUACAGAAAAGAAACUACUAGUUUAUAUGCCAAGGGAAUUGAUGAAAAUGAGAGUGAUGUAAACAACAGUACAUCUUCUGAGGACUUUUGUAAGGUAAAGGACAGUGAUCCUGAAAAGCCUGAGGAUGGUUUAGUCCGUGGAAAGUCUGAGAUUAAUAUAGGUCAUGAAGAGCCUGAGGAUAGUAUAACUCCCGAAAACCCUCAGGAUAUUAUAGUUCCUGAAAAGCCUGAUGGUAGUAUAGCACCUGAAAAGGAUGAGGAUAGUAUACCUCCUGAAGAACUUGAGGAAAUUAUACCUCCUGAAAACCCUGAGGUUAGUAUACCUUCUGAAAAACCAGAGGAUAGUAUAGCUCCUGAAAUCCCUGAGGAGAGUAUAUCUUUUGACAACCAUGAGGGUAGUGUACCUUCUGACAACCUGGAGGAUAGUAUGCCUUCUGAAAACUCUGAGGAUAGUAUGCCUUCUGAAAACUCUGAGGAUAGUAUAACCUCUGAAAAAUCAGAGGAUACCAUAGCUCCAGAAGAGCCUGAGGAUAAUAUACCUUCUGAAAACCCUGGGGAUAGCAUGCCUUAUGAAAACCGUGAUGUUCGUAUACCUUCUGAAACUCAUGAGGGUAGUAUACCUUCUGAAGACUCUGAGGAUAGUAAAACCUCUGAAAAACCAGAGGAUACCAUAUCUCCAGAAGAGCCUGAGGAUAAUAUACUUUCUGAAAACCCUGAGGAUAGCAUGCCUUAUGAAAACCGUGAUGGUAGUAUACCUUAUGAAACCCAUGAGGAUAGUAGUAUACCUUCUGAAAACUCUAAGGAUAGUAUAACCACUGAAAAACCAGGGGAUACUAUAGCUCCAGAAGAGCCUGAGGAUGAUAAACCAUCUGAAAACCCUGAGGAUAGCAUGCCUUAUGGAAACCGUGAUGGUAGCAUACAUUCUGAAACCCGUGAGAAUAGUUUGCCUUCUGAAAACUCUAAGGAUAGUAUAACCUCUGAAAAACCAGGGGAUAUUAUAGCUCCAGAUGAGCCUGAGGAUAGUAUACCUUCUGAAAACCCUGAGGAUAGCAUGCCUUAUGAAAACCGUGAUGGUAGUAUACCUUCUGAAAUCCAUGAGGAUGAUAUGCCUUCUGAAAACUCUAAGGAUAGUAUAACCUCUGAAAAACCAGGGGAUAUUAUAGCUCCAGAAGAGCCUGAGGAUAGUAUACCUUCUGAAAUCCAUGAGGAUAGUAUGCCUUCUGAAAACCCUGAAGAUAGUUUACCUUUAGAAAAACAGGAGAAUAGUAUAGCUCCUGAAAACCCAGAUGAGAAUAUAUCUUCUGAAAGCCCUGAGGACAGUAUACAUUCUGAUAAAUAUGAGGCUAUUAUAGCUCCUGAAAAGCCCAAGGAUAGUUUAGCCCAUGAAAAGCAUAAGGAUAGUGUAGCCUCUAUAAAGCCUGAAAAGUCUGAGGAUGGUAUAGCCUUUAAAAAGCCUGAGGAUAAUGUAGUCUCUGAAAAGCCUGAGGAUAGUGUAGCCUCUGAAAAGCCUGAGGAUAAUGUAGCAUCUGAAAUACCUGAGGAUAGUGUAGCCUCUAAAAGGCCUGAGGAUAGUGUAGCCUUUGAAAAGCUUGAGGAUAAUGAAGCAUCUGGAAAGCCUGAGGAUAAUGUAGCCUCUGAAAAGCCUGAGGAUAGUGUAACAUCUGGAAAGCCUGAGGAUAAUGUAGCCUCUGUAAAGCCUGAGGAUAGUGUAGCCUCUGAAAAGUCUGAGAAUAGUGUAGCCUCUGAAAAGCCUGAGGAUAGUGUAACAUCUGAAAAGCCUGAGGAUAGUGUGGCUUCUGAAAAGUCUGAGAAUAGUGCAGCCUCUGAAAAGCCUGAGGAUAGUGUAGCCUCUGAAAAGUCUGAGAAUAGUGUAGCCUCUGAAAAGCCUGAGGAUAAUGAAGCAUCUAAAAAGCCUGUGGAUAGUGUAGCCUCUAGUAGUUUACUCUCUCUCUGUAAAAGAAGCGCAUUGGCUGACCAGAAAAGAAAAAAAGUGGAAGUUGGGGACAAAGAUGUUAAGCCAUUGACAGCUGACACCGAAGAGAAGUCAAGAACUGAUGAAAGGAGUCUGGAGGAUGAUCAGAAGGUAGGAAAUGUUGAAAAUGAUCAAGGCUCAGGUACCAGUAGUGAUGGCAGUUAUGAAGGAAUGAGAGUCUCAGGAGAAGAUACCGAAAUAGAUCAUUCUUUACCAGAAUCAGACAUUUUAAAUCCUUCAGAAAGAGUCCAAAGUAUCACAUCAUCCACACUUAGCAAUGAAAAAUUACAGUUAACAGGAGACUCUCUUGGAGAUGAAGGUUCUGGUGGUACACAUGUCAUGAAAAGGAAAAAACGAUCACGUGAUAGUGAUCCUGGUAAAUCACGAGGUGUUCCUGGGCCCAAACGUUCCAAAGUUUCUUUGGACACCAAGGAAAACACUGACCAUGAUAAUAAAGAUGAUGUAGAAGUAUCCUCUUCAGGCACAUCACCUGUGGAUAUGAAAGUGGAAUUCGUAGAUAUUUCAAGUGAGGAAGAACAGCAGUCAGAGAGUAGAUAUAAGGAUGCAAUUGAUAUGGUUUGCAAAAAGUGUAGAGAUAUUUGGAAUGAUGAAGUGUUGCGUAUGAUUUUUAAGGGGACUGAAUCAGUUACUGUAAAUUCCAAAAUUACAUAUGGUGCAAUUGUUUGUAUUAAUGACUGGAUUAAUCGUAACCUCAGUGUGGAUAAGGAGGAGGCAAUCACACAAGUCUUUGAAAGAACAGAUCUAGGAAGUAAUAUUGCUCAGUUGAAUAUCACAAAACUCGAUCAGUGGCUUGGAGAACUUCUUCACAGAGGGAAAAACAAAUGUUGUAAGGUUUUUACAGCUGUAUACCAGCCAAAAAAAGACACAGCAUUACAUAAAACUAAAGCAGGAACAAAAAAACCAAAAGUACAUGUUUCCCAAGGCAUUCCCAUUCCUAAAAACCAGAAGUCAGCAGUAUCCAUAGGUCAAAAGUCAUCAGGUACUAAAGGGCCUCCUGUUGCAAAAAGUCAGAGUCUGACUGGUAAUAAAAGUCAAAGUCCAACAGCCAAUAAAGGUCAGAGUUCAGUUAUCGCUACUUGCCCAGACUUACCCAAAGGAAGAGUUUAUUUAGUACCAGCACCCGCUGUGGCUUCGGUUUUGCCAUCUGCACUCUCCGCAAAAUCGUUACCCAAUGAAGAAAGUGCAGUUCUUCCAAGCUCUGCUUCAUCAUUAAUGAAACCUUGUAAAAUAAUUCUGAAGAAUCCAGUACCUGUGAGAACUAAAGAUAAUAUUCAGAAUCCUAAUAGACCGAGCACAAAAUCUCAUCCAUUAGGAUCAUCAGCAGGCUUGAAGUCUGGAGAAAGUAAAACUACUGUUAGCAGUAAAUGUCCCUCUAGGUCACCCAUAGGAAAGCCUGGUUUAAGUUCAAGUCGUGAUAAAUCUCUCAGACCUACAGGUCAUGGCAACACAUUCAACAGUAAAGAAUUGUCCAAGACAGGUGGGAAUAAAGUGCCCAUACUUCAGCAAGCAAGGCCGUUAAGUAAAAUGAUGUCCCAAGGUCAGAUUCAAAGGGCCCAUGUUAUGGAAUAUGAACAGGAUGAACAGGAGGAUGUAAAAGGUUUUGUAACAGAAGUUGAAUCUAUGAUUUUCAGUCAGGAACCUGUUAUACGAGAAAUGUUACAGGCCUUAAAUCUAGACAUUAAAGAUGUUAACAUUUAUUCUUCAUAUUGUAAUAUACCAGUCAAUAAUAAGAUGAAAGUUGAUUGUCCCUCUGAGAGAGAUAAAAUAUCACCUUGCUAUUUCAGUAUGUUGAAGGAACGGUCAGCUCUGAAUGGUCAUGCAUUAAUUGCUUUUGAUCUCUUGCUUUAUGAGUCUAAUAAUCAGCAUUCAGUAACAUCACUUGGCUCUAUAAAAAGCAGGUUUGUGACCAAGAGGGAGCUCUUGACAUUGCAAAGUAUAUUUAUCUUAAAUCCAGAGACACCAGAUAUAAGUCUCUUUUAUGAGGUUUUUGUACAAAUACUUUUAUCUAGAAAGAAAGUCUUGUUAAUCCCUGAUAGCCAUACAUUUUUAGUAGUAACUGAAAAUAUUAGAAAAGAAUACAAUAGAGUAAAGUCAAAAGACCUGAGUAUCCAAAUUUUGAAUGAAAACUGGGAUCCUAAUAAUAUAUACUCUGCAGAUGAUGCUUGGCUUGAAGGCCAAAAUCUAAAUCUUGAAGAAGUAACCAACAGAGAUGUCAUUUCAAUAUUUUGCACCUGGAGGAACCUUGGGAAGGAACCCAAUGACCAGUCAUUGUCCAAAGCAUUGCAGUCUCUUCGGCAGUUUCACAAUAUAAGGAAUGGGGAUUACUUUGGAUCGUGUUAUAGACUGUAUACCAAAUUCAUUAGAUUCGUUUAUGAAGAAAAAGAAUUGGAGUUGGCCAAAGUUUUAUUAGAUGAACCAUUUAUCGGUGGAUGCUGUAUUGUAUCAAAGAAAUUUCUUCAAAAUCUAAUUAAUUUCAAGAAACAGAAAAAUAAUUUGCCAAACUAUGAUGAUGAUGUUGAUGAUAUUAAAGAUGCUGUAGAAAGAUUUGAAGAAUUAGAAACAAUGGCUUAUGAAAAUCUUAAUGCUUCUAUUUUGAGAGACCUUUGUUCUCAGAUGAUAAUUGUUGAAGAAAAAUUGAAGGUGUUCAAUGAAAAUAAUGAGGUGAUAGGUAAAAGAUUAACUGAUCUGCUUGGGAAAAGAGAAAGGUUACUGAGAGAAAUUAAAGGCCCAGAAAACAGAAGGCUUGUACAGACGAUGAGAGCCAGUAUUGUAGAAUUGCAUAAGGUUGCUCAGAAAAGACGUCAAGAAAGCUAUUACAACAAGAAAAACAAAAGAAGGAAGAGUGACUUGGAUAUGGUAGAUUCUGACCUGGAAUCCUCUUGCACAGAUGUUUCACCUCACAUCAAGGAACUCGUAAAGGAUCUGUUGUCUAAAGGCGUCAAGCCUGAUAAAGUCAGGCAGGUUAUGGGCAUUGUCAGUGGGGUCACCAAUGAAGAGACUGUGCUGGAAAUACCAAGUGAAAAGUGGAUUUUGAAAUUUGCUCAGAUGUGUUCAUAGUUUUAAUUAAAAUUUCUAAUUUUGGCAUGUAUAUAUUCACAUUUAAUGUAAUUAAACUGGUACUAAGCACUCAAAUGCUUUGUAUAGAAUAGUUUUGUUAAGGUAAACAUGAAUUGUAUUGUCCUGUUUAUAAUACAUAAAUAGGCCUUUUGGGUGUAAUGUAGAAAAUGAUUUGGAAAUCUGAGGAAAUGGAUCUGAUGAACCUUGAAAACAUUGGAAGCAAAAAUGUAUAUAUUAUGCCGAAGUGGAAAUUAAUUCUUUGUAGUAUUGAGAAGUAGCUGCACAGACAACUUUGAUGAUUUUCUCUCUUUUGUCCAUAAAAUUAUCUUAUCAUUUGCACUUAAAAUUCAUAGAAUUUUUUGAAACGUUAAUACCGCAGUUGGUAUUUAUAGUGAUGUUUUAUGUUAUGUUAUCCAACAAUGAAUAUAGUAGUACUGUACUUUCAUUUGUAAGGUUUAAACUCUAAUUUGUGUGAUUAUAUUAUUUGGAACCUUGGAAAAUGGUGAAGGAUAGGUGCAGUUCUCACUAGGUUGACCGAUGUGAACCACACCUGUUGUAUGUCUAGUGUGAUGGUAAAUGUAGUGUUCUGAAGGGGUAAGUAGUAGUACUUUGAUAUUGUAUAAACUUUGAUGACUUCCUUUGAGAUGAUGUCGCGGGUUACACUAAGCAACUGACAGUCAGUACCAGCUUUAGUGAUACAUACUUUCAAGAAAGCAGCCAACUGCAAUUUAUAUUACCCAAAGUCAUAUGUAGUGCAUAUGUUGAAUGGCUGUAUUCAUCAGCCUAACAUUUUUACCCCUUUGUUUUAGAUGUCAAAUCCCUUUCCCAAAUGAUGUCCCUUAGGUUUUAUAACCUUGUCUUUUGUCUAUUCUGGUUGAUUCUUUGUUG